AUGAAGCUGAGUGUUGCUGUUCUCCUAUUCUACAUCUUGCAGUAUACCGGCGGCCAGCCAAAUAGCCGAGGUUUCAUAAGCAUUGAUUGUGGCAUCCCGGGAAACUCUUCGUACCAAGAUCUCACUUCAAGCAUAAUAUAUGUCUCUGACCAUGGUUUCAUCAGCUCGGGAGAAAACCACAACAUCUCCUCAGAUUACAUCAGCCCAUCACUAGCACAGCGCUAUUAUAAUGUCCGCUUCUUUCUAGAUGGCACACGGAAUUGCUAUACCUUGAGAUCCUUGGUUGCCGGAAACAAGUAUUUUGUUCGUGCAGCCUUCUAUUAUGCAAAUUAUGAUGGCCUGAACAAGCUUCCUGUUUUUGAUCUAUACAUGGGGGCAAAUUAUUGGCAUGAAGUUAAGUUCAGGGAUGCAGGUGCAAUUAAUUGGAUGGACAUCAUAGUUGUGGCUCCUGCUGAUUACCUGCAAGUUUGUUUGGUGAAUAAAGGGACGGGAACUCCAUUUAUCUCUGGGCUGGAUUUGAGGCCACUGAAGAGUACUCUUUACCCAGAGGCAAAUGCUAGUCAAUCCCUGGUGCUGAUCAAUGCCAAUCGGUUUAACAUGGGGCCCACAGACAAGUCUGUAGUUCGGUACCCGUUGGAUCCUCAUGAUCGUAUCUGGUUGACAUAUGGUGCCAUCCCAACCUGGAACGAGGCAUCUGCAACAUCUGUUGUUCGGAAUUACCUAACUGAUGCCUAUGAUGUGCCAUCAGCCGUCAUGCAAAAUGCCGCAACACCUUCCAAUAGUUCAAUAAUUAAUUUCUCAUGGGAUCCAUCUGAUCACUCUGUGAAUAUCAGCUCCAGAUACUUCUUUGUUUUCUACUUUGCUGAGUUGCAGCGUGUAGCAAGCAAUGAACUGCGACAGUUUGAUAUCAUUGUCAAUAACAGAGCAUGGAACAAAAAACCUUACACUCCACCAUACCUGUUUGCCGAUUCCUUUUCUGGUACGGUUCAGGGGCAAGCGCAGUAUAACAUCUCACUUGUUGCUACGAAAAACGCAACACUCCCACCUAUUCUCAAUGCCAUGGAGAUGUAUUUGGUGAAACUGAUAGAUGAAAUUGCAACAGACCCUGGAGAUGCUAGAGCCAUGAUCGCAAUCCAAGAAGCUUUUGGUGUGAGCAAAAACUGGAUGGGUGACCCAUGUGCUCCAAAAACUUUUGCAUGGGAAGGAUUGGACUGUACUGAUCCUCCAACUGGCAUUCCAAGAAUAACAGCAUUAAACUUGUCUUCAAGUGGGUUGGCCGGUCCCAUCACUACCUCUUUUGGAGAUCUGAAAGCACUCCAGUACCUGGAUUUGUCACACAAUAACUUGUCUGGCUCCAUUCCAAAUUGUCUUGGGCAGCUUCCAUUUCUAGUAUUUCUGGAUCUCUCCAGCAAUGAUCUUUCUGGAUCAAUUCCUUACAAUGUUCUUCAAAAAUCCCACAAUGGGACUCUUUCACUAAGGCUUGGUAACAAUUCAAAUUUAUUUGGGAACGGUACUAACUAUGAAUCAGGCCCAAAGAAAAUGGAUAGGGCACUUCUCUCUGCGAUAAUCAUUCCAAUAGUUGCUGCCAUUGCCUUAUUUGUUAUCUUCACUGUUCUGCUGCUCCGAACACUCAAGGAAAAAGCUAGGAGAAGGGUUGCUGAUCCUAAAGAUGAAACAGCAUUACUUGAGAACCGAGAAUUCUCUUACAGAGAACUGAAGCAUAUUACAAAUAACUUUAACCUAGAGAUUGGCAAAGGUGGGUUUGGAGCUGUCUUCCUUGGUUACUUGGAAAAUGGAAAGCCAGUCGCUGCUCAACAUUUGACAAGGAUACAUCACAAGAACUUGGUAUCCUUGAUUGGUUAUUGUAAGGACAAAAAUCAUUUUGCCCUUGUCUAUGAGUACAUGCCUGAAGGGAACCUGCAGGAUCAUCUGAGAGACACUUCUACUCACAAACCACUCACUUGGGAGCAACGCCUUCAAAUCGCCCUUGAUGCUGCUCAAGGUCUGGAGUACCUGCAUGUUGCAUGUAAACCAGCACUGAUUCACAGAGAUGUGAAGAGUAGGAACAUCCUCUUGACCACCGAUCUUGGGGCUAAGAUUGCAGAUUUUGGUCUGACCAAGGCUUUCAGUGACUCAGAAACACAUAUCACCACUGAACCAGCUGGUACAGUGGGCUACUUAGAUCCUGAGUACUACCGCAGUUACCGGAUCAGCGAGAAGAGUGACGUUUACAGCUUUGGUGUCGUUCUCCUGGAGCUCAUGACAGGCCAUUCCCCGAUCGUCCCGAUAGACGACAGUGUGAGCAUCCACAUUGGCGAGUGGGUGCAGCAAAACCUCGACCAAGGCAGCAUCGAGAUCAUCAUAGAUUCGAGCAUGGGAUGCGACUACGACAUUAACUCCGUCUGGAAAGUCGCUGACCUGGCGCUGCACUGCAAGCAAGAAGUCUCCAGGGAGCGUCCUAUGAUGACGGAUGUGGUGGCACAGAUCAAGGAGAGCAUGGAGCUCGAGGCCCGCCGCAGCGAUCGGGGCGGAGCUCGGCGUUGGCUGGUGGUGAUGGUCUGUGCUAUGCCGGCGAGAGGAACGUUGUUGAGGUAG